CGUGAACAGCACGCGCCAGGCAGGAUGACCAUGGCGAGCAACAUCGUGGUCGAGUGGCUGCGGUCGCUCCAUCUCGGCCAGUACUCGGAGUCGUUCAUCGACAACGGCUACGACGACCUUGAGAUCUGCAAGCAGAUCGGCGAUCCGGAUCUCGACGCGAUCGGCGUCUUCAAUCAGAAGCACCGCGCGCGCCUGCUGCAGUCGGUUAAGACUCUGCGCGAGGAGGGUGCCGCGAGUGUGUACUUCACGCUGGAGGAGACGACCAACGACAACGGCUGCGACAACGUCAGCUCCAAGUCCUCGAGGACGUCGUCCGACAGGCCGGCCAGCGACAAGGAGACGCAGCGCGCGUCGCCCACCGCCAGCUCCUCCAGCGGAGGUCAGGAGCUGACCAAGUUCGCGGACGAGUACGAGGAGGGCAAGGCCGAGCUCGUGAGAAUUCCCAGGAUGCAACUGCGGAUGCUGCUGCAGGAGAAGCUAAGACAUGACGGCAUCAGGCUGGCCUGCCAACCCUACACCACACCGGUAAGUAAAGAUGUCUUCAAUUUCCGUGGAAAUAUCUCGUGCUGAAUAAACCGAGAGCUUGUCGGACUUUAAUCAUCACCCAUACGGGCAGAAAGCGAAUCCUCGUGAAGUCUCGGGGGCAAAACUACGCACUCUCAAACUGGAAACUUGACGACUGCUUAAAGCAAUAACGAGGUAACGGUCGUUACAUCAAAAGUUUAAGCGUAACGGGACGCACCACGGUGAAGCGUGCAAUUUCGUUUAAUUCGUCGCAGUUAAAUUCACGCGUAACUGUUUAAUAUGCGGAACAAUUCUCUUUCUUUUUUUUAAUAUUCAUAAUGGAUUCCCCUAAAACCGGCGUACACUCCGACGACACGUUAUUAGUAACGAAAUUGUGCCAAGUACAAAUAUCUUUCAGCUCUCCCGAGAGCGGAGCGUUGCGCGUUAAUUGGCUAGGUCCGACGUCGGGGAUGAAUGUGCGCCACCCUCGCGUACCUCCUCGAGGCUGGGGUCAGUGCCGAGGGGUUCGGUGGAUGAUGAUCGAGAGAUAGACAAACUGUACUGGACAGCGCACGUUCGUGUGACCCUCGAUGCAUUCGCACGCGUAUGCGUCAGACACAUAUUUCCCAUGUGGCUCGAGCACAUUCCCUUAGUUAUGUUUGCCGUCGACAUGUCGCGGCGUUUUUCGUGCGCGAAAUUUUAAGGCAAGCUUCGAAUCGCAAAAUCGGAAGACGUGGAUCACUACUGCAUGCGUUAGCUUAAUGUGGAGUUUUGCAUAAUAGAGGUAUAUAAUACAGAUGUAAUGUACCCUUUUUUUUUUGUAAUUAAAAUAGUACAGGAAAAGAGAGAAAUCUGUUAGUGAUUUCAAUUUUUUAAAUAAUUUUUUGGAUUUAAUAUGAUAAAAUGUAAUUCGUACAUUAAAAUAGAAAUACUGCUUGAAUGUUCUUAAAAUAAAUUUGUAUAAUGUCUUAAAGAUACGUUUUACAUUGCGAUUGGACUGUUGACGAUCACACUUUUGGCUGCAGUGUUGAAUACUUUGUUCAGAAAAUACAAACGAUAAAAAAUACUGCAUCGUUUUUAAAACGCAACACUCUAGACGCCAGAGCUCAAUAUGAUCCGUAUAGAAUUCUAAACUUGCCAGCGAGCCAUCAUCCCCGGUGGCUGACGAUCGCGCAAACAUUUGCGCCUGAAACUUCCGUUCCGCAGUAACCUAGAAAAUUUCGAGGUGCCAUAGCGCCCAAGUCUCGGGCGCGGGCUGAUGAUAAUUACGACGGAGAUUAGCUCUCGCGGUAAUGAAUAUUCCAGCAGAUUGGCACCGCGAGACCGGAGAGACCGUGCUCCCGCAGGCGGCGUAAUUCGUGAUCGAUAAUAAUUAUGCCAGGCACCGUCGCCUCGCGUCACCUCGUGCAACGCCUAUCUGCACACAAUGCUUUCUCUCUCUCUCUCUCUCUCUCUCUCUCUCUCUCUCUCUCUCUCUCUCUCUCUCUCUCUCUCUCUCUCUCUCUCUCUUCCUCUCUCUCUCUCUCUCUUCCUCUCUCUCUCUCUCUCUCUUCUCGCUCUCUAGUUCCGACCGUUAUUUCGAGGCCUGGUAUACAUACCUGUCGGCGUGUAACGAUUCGAGGGGAAGGGGGUCGGUCGGAAAAGCGAAUUUCCACAGCGCGUUCCCGUUUUGCUCCCUCUCUCCCUGGAAUAAAGUGGGUUAACUUUGCGCGCACGGCGCGCCCAAUCUCGUCAUCGAGGGUUGCACGAGUAAAAGUAAUUGGAACAUCGGAAACGCGCUGCCGUUUCGUUUUCACGAUUUCUGCCCGUCCCCUCAUACCUCUUCUGCUGGUUCUGCACGUGCAUGCUGGCUAAUUUCUCUCAUAGUUUCUUUUUUUCCUGUCUCUCUCUCUCUCUCUCUCUCUUUCUCUUUCUCUUGCUCUUGAAUUGUUUGUCGUGCUUAGAUCAACGCAAUACAUUAAACAUACUGUAAUUAAAUUGGAGCUAAAAAAUGUCGAAGAAUCAAAACGAUAUAAUAAGAAAAAAUUAUCUGAUUAAAAAUGACGCUUAAUAACUUUUUAAUGAUAUUUGCAUCAUCAUAUACAUAAUAGAUAUGUGAAGCUUAUUCUUUAAUAGAUGACAAUAUUUUGUUGUUUUAUUUUUAUUAUUGUAAUAUGAUAAGAAAAAUUAUAUAAAAAUUGUGAACUGCCUAUAAACAUUUUUAAUUAAAUGUUUAUUUUGUAUACAAAUAAUUAAUGUAUAACUAAAAUUGGUUAAAAUAUCAUUUAACGUGAUAUCGAAAAAUAAAUGAAACGCGAUUUAAAAAUUCAUUCAAAGUUUAAUAAAGAACAGGGACUGGAUAGUUUUAGUAUUCAAUUUUUUAGCAAUAUUUGUGCAAUCAAAUUUUGAAGUUUUUGCCGAUAAAAAUAAUUUUUCUUCCAAAAUUCUCAUUUAUAUUCUGCCUUUUAGUUAUAUCCGCCUAAAUCAUUUUCCUCAUUAUCGAUGUUGCAACCACAAGCCUUUAGUUCCUUAUAGCUUCGUAACGGUAUUUUAGGAUGUGAAGUAGAAUAAUAUCGAUUUAGCUUUUUAGUUAAUGAAAUAUUAAUGUAUAAUAACGAUGCGGCGAAAGCAAAAUAUGUUUUUUUAAUAAUAUGGAUCUGAAACAUGAUUCUUUGAUAGAAGGAUUGAAUGUAUUACAAUUACGGGAUGAUCACUAUCACUGCUGUUGUUAGACGUAUCAGCCUUGUUAGACGUAAAACACAUGAGGUGUAAUUAUUCGUAAAUUAUGUACAAUCAUGUACAUACAAAUUAUGUAUGAUAGAUAAAAUGUUAGCAGCUAUUGAAUUAAGAAAAAGCAGUACGAUAAUUAUAUCUUACGUCACGUCAAUAUAAAUAUGUCCGACUUAAUCGUGUCGCACUCUGCAAAGGAUAAAAAUAGUUUAAUUGAAACAAAUGUAGUGUGUCCGAAUUUUGAAGCACUUUAUCCACCGUAUUUGCGUGUAAAUACCGGCGCGCAUUAAUCUCGGCAGGGCUCGGAGUUCCACGCUCGCUUGCAUAAAGUCAAUAUCAAACCGUGUUUUCGGCGCAGUGGAAUAAGAGUCGAGCACGGGAAUAUAAUCUCGUUGGCCGAUUCCCAUCCGGCGCAGCGCUGACAAAUGACUCCUCGGCUUGAUUACUGUUGGGAUUUUAACGCGAGCUUAAUUAGACGGUGUAGCUCCCCAUGACUGAUCGGCCGAGCCACGCAAUGAUCCUCCUCUUUCCCCUUGCGCUGGUGUCGAUGUAUCAACAUUAGUUCGUAACGAGCGAGCACCUCGUGAAAGGAUCACCCAAGGAGCGGUUCCUCUUUGCCGAUUUAAAUCACCAGCUAUCGCAAGCGCGUGCUAAUUAGAGGUAUGCCGUUACUCUUCGCCAGCGGAUCUCAUCCUUUAACUUUUCCUUCCAUCUGCCCAUGUACGCCGAUGUUAAUAUUUGUGUGUGUGUGUGUGUGAGGGGUUGAAAGUAAAUUUACCGAGCAGUUAACGUUAUGAACGUUUCAAAAUUUUAUAAUCCAUUUAUACAUACAUAAUUCUAUUGUUUAAUUCAUUAAAUACAUUUCGUAAGUAUAAUAAUUUACGUAAUCAAAUAUUGUGAUAAUACACAAUCGAAUUUUUGCAAAAAGAACUUUAAUUUCCUGCAGUGAUUUCCGUUGAUAAUCGUUCCGACCACGAUCGCCGUUCGCAACGUUAUUUACGUAACAAAUAAAAAUUCUGUGCAGAGCGCAUCUGCAAGCGUACUAAAUUCUCGUUCAUUUGAACACCGAUUAUCCGAAACGAUGAUCAUACGAGGCGGCAAUUAGUAUAUGCGCGAAUUAAUCGCGCGGUAUUUAGCAAGGUACACACGCGAUAUUUCUGCAGCUGUAAAUAAAUAACGCGAAAAUUGUAUUUCCGUAUUAAAUGGAUGACCGAUGAAAUUACAACCUUUCCAAAACUGCGCCGCGAUGAAAAUUAGGCGACGAAAGAGAGCGAUUGAAGUCAUCAUUAAUUAACAAUUAACGGCGCGCAGGCUCUAAUAAUCUUACAGUCACUUCGAAAGUAAAUGCCUAUUAAUUAUCAUGAAGUAAUUUAAAGUUUAAUUGGACGUUUAAAGAACUUUUAAAAUUAUUAUCGACGCGUUCUUUGGUUGGCUAUACAGUUAGAAACGGUUCCAAAGUUUCGUUCGGAAAUUAGAAGUUACUAUUAUCGAAUUUCCAUAAGGCUUCUGCUACUACCCGUGCCGAUUUUCAUUACGUCGGGAUCCGUCAAGCGUUACGUGAAAAUUUGCGAACGCCCGCUCGCGAUAUAUGCGUAACAGGUGUUCCGACACGUAUUAUAUAUUUAGAUUUAAUUCGACAAAUUGUACAUUCAGAUUUGAGGAGGUCUCGCACGGAGCUCGAUAGUCCCUGCAUCAUCCCUCUCACUCGACGCGCUCCCGCGAGUUAAUUACGAUCCUUGAAAUUAAUCAAGGGAGCCGCGUUAUAAAAGAGAUACUUCACCCCCGACUGUAAUACGACCUUUCCUCUACGGCCGGUUAUUUGUUCUUGUCUCGCAAGAGCGCUCCCCGGAUAGAUACGUUCGGCCAAACAAGAAUCUUCAUUAUUCUCUCGAAAGUUUUUAAACAAGUUUCAUUUACCCGUAAGAAAGUUAAUUUGCGCUGUGCCACUGGCACGAAUGAUUUAAUUACUUAAUAAACUGUGGCGCUUUACGAGUCCGGAGUACCGCGGAGUACCGCGGAGUACCACGGUGAAGAGACGGGAAAGAAAGCGUCAGACGAGAACUUUUUUCAUUUUGUUGCAAGUUUGCGCGCGGAUUUGUAUUGUAUUGUGGAAGCGUGGCAACAGAUUGAAAAUAGAUCGAACAUUCUAGACAGACGCGUUUCCCGCGCGUUGCUUUGAACGAAACUGCUCUUCCAUCUUAAUCGGAAUUGUUGCGGGGACAGGUUUGAUGAAACAUUAAUCGCGAAAGCCCUCGCGAGCUUUCCGACACGAAGCGAUUCACAGUUCGAAACGAGUCGUGGAUUUCUCCUGUGUUAAGCGCACGUAAAAGGAAACGAAAGAGACCGGAAAGGCAAAAAGGAUGAACUGCCUUUUUUUCAGACGGUCGCAUCGAUCGCGCGCGGACGCAUCAAUCGGAAAGUUAACCGAAAGUUUUCGCCUCGCGUGGAACGAGACUCUCCGGAGUGAGAAGGACGAGUCGUUAAUUUCGUCAUUCGUUGCGUCCCGCGGGCUCUCCGUCGUUGUUCCUCAAGGUUUACAGGCCCUAACUUUUCGUCCUUAACUCGUUAAUUAAGGACGAAAGCGUGACGGCGGCGGGGCGACACGGCGCGGCGUAGCGCGGCACUGGGGUCGAAGAAGCGAAGUUUUAAUAACAUUACCGUAAUAAUACCGUCGGUCCCGCUCCUGCUCGUAGCGUGGCCUAAAUUAUCAAAGGAUCUUCCGCCUCUCGUUUCCCCGUCUUGCCACUUCCAUUCGCUUGCUUUCUCCAUUGCGACGAACUUCCCGAUGCUUUACAAUCCGCACGGAAUGGAGUUUAAUAUAUCUUGGAUUUCACGAAAGACUAGCUCCGAUGACGGCCGGCGCGGUCGCGUUUGGCACACAAAAUAUUAAGUGAGAAACAAGAUUGACAGCCAGGAGGGAAGAGGAAGACAGAGAGAAAGCGUCAUUUAGUCUACGUGUUAAAAUUGAGUUUUAACAUUAAAAAAUUUGAAAAUAUAACAGCUAGAUUUCUUUUAGUAAUACAUAUUUCAACGAAAACAGAAAAUAAGUAUGAAAGUCUAAAAAUGAAACAUAAGUUGGUUUCUACUUAUUAUAGUGCUCACAAAAGAAACUCAUUACACGCGAGACGGGAAUAAUAUACAUAAUGUAGCGGAUUUACCGCACCAUUCCAUUUUCAUUCAUGUAAGAAUUCUUUGAACAAUCAAAAGUUUAUUUUUUCAAAGAGAAUAUUUUACAAGAAACGUCUUUUUUUACACAAUUUAGUAUUAUCUAACAUCAGUAUAAUCCUUGUACUUCUACAUUUAAAACUUAAAUUAAAACUUUAAAACAAAGUCUUUUGAUCAAUGAAGAAUAAACUUACGAAGUUACAUAAUAAGUUACAUAAAUUUUUUGAUAAUAUGCAUUUUUUAUAUCACACAAUAUUGAAACAAGUACUUUUCUCACAAAGAUGUGUAAAAAAAAUAUAGAAUAUUAUAUAAAUAUAGAAUAUUAUAAAAAUAAAUAUAAAAAUAAAAGUAAUGUAAAAUUGUAGACUUAAGAAGCACGCCAAUAAAAAUGGUUUUAUUAUUCUCGUUAUAUAUUAUAUAGCAGCUAUAUAAGCAAUUGUAUACAUGAAAGGGAAGGAAAGGAACGAAAUGACGUGGAGGGUGUCGCUUCGUUUUGCGCGCUCGGAGAGAAAUUACUCGAUCGAAAGGGAUGGCAUCCCGACAUUAUCUCGCAAUUGUACGAAUUCCAUCGAACGCGAAGUUUCGUCGAACAUCAUCGAGUUUCUGCGAGGAACAACCCCUCGAGAUUCGAACCUACGAAAAGACCGAUAAAAGGAGGGGAUACUCUGGCGCUUUCGCUGAGUGGGGGAGAGCCGCUAAGAGUUUACGUGGAACCGGAAGGGAGGGGAAGAGAGGGUGGGAAACGAAGAGAAACGGAUCGAGUAAGAGCAGAGGAAGGGAUAAGGACGCUUUUUAUGUCGCGGAGAAUCCUACAGAGAUGUCGUUCGCCGGUGCUCCGAGGAGCGUCGUAAUAAUCGUAAACGCCAUUCCGAGAUUGCCGUUCCACAGCUGUAACGUGCGCGCUUGAACUUCUCAUAGCUGCAGCUGCAGCCUGCAUCCGGCAAUCCAGGUGAUACCGUCUCAGAGCCGCUCUCGUAAUUUCAGUCUUAUUGUCCCACUUUCGCAAUUAGCAGCGGCUACGGGACCGUCGUUUCUCGCUAUCAACAGGUUACGCGUCGUCAGUCUUCCACGGCGGGUCCUUAAUAAAAACGAUUCUCGUACACCGUUUCCGUCUCUAUCUUUUCCUGUUCGCAUCCCCCGCCCCCCUUGCUAUCCGGUCUCUUUUGCUUUAUCUCGUUCUAUUGUCGCUUGGACGGUGCGACACGUGACGUGAUGCUUUAUCUGCUGUUAUCUUUCUUUUUCUUGAUUUAAUUCGAUAGCGCGUUAUUAAUUACAUCGUUUACCGGAACAAGUCGUUUGCUUUGUAAUACGAAGCUUCCAUGCGACUUGACUUUUCUACGUUUUACUCCAAUUAAAAUAGUAGGUUUGUGAAAUUCAAGAUACAUUUUUUAUGAUCGAAUUAUGUGUUUCAUCUUUUUCAUGCGUAACGUAUGAAUUUUCUUAUAUGUUACAUUUUAGCACCUGAAUACACAAAUAAAAUUUAAAAAUCUUAUGAAAGUAAAUAAGUUGUGAUAAGAGAA